ACGCUGCAACGAGAAAUGCGUGAAUCACGUCAGUGACCAGCAACACGAGACAGUGAAAGUGGCCGCGGUGGUUGCGUCGUUGCAUGAUAUCUGUGGCAAUCCCCUUCUUGUCUUCCGCCGGUUUGGCUAGCGAUGAUCGCUCAAGAGAAGCCGUACGCGCUACCGCUACGUAUUGAUCGUAAACCAAAUUCCCUUCAGUUCACGCUCGCUGCCUGCCAAGCCGGUGUCGCGUCGCCGUGAGCUUGCCUCGGAGCAGCAAUCACUGCAAGUCAGUCGCACUGUAAAGUGUCCUGUGUUUACAUCACGUGGAAAUUGGAUUGGCGUCACUUCCGCACACGCCAGCUCGCAAGCAUGGCAGCGGGUCUGGGCAGCAUGUUUUAGAACGUCGGAAUCCCCACGAUCGGCUUUUUUUCGCGAUGCAGUAGGGCGCCGUCCGAGGCCCGGCCGUGGUCGACCAGCAAUGUUCAGCCGGGUCAAGAAUGCCCUCUACAACGUAGUGGGCGGACUCGACGCCCUGCCGGCGGUGAGGGACGGCGAAGCACCCGGCGACGGUGACAAGCUGCCACUCAAGUUUAAGUACACGAGGCCUAGCUUCCUUCAGCUGACCACCGACGACGAAGUGCAAGUGUCGGCCGACCAUGUCAUCAGGCCCAUCAUUGUGCCGCGAGACGUGAGCAAGAUCCCGUGGAACGCCGGCUAUGCAGAGACCAUCAACGCGGGCAAAAGCCUGCGCAACGAGGACCAGGCUGCCGUGUACCGCGGUGCCGUGCGGCGCGGGGCACACGGAGACGGCGCCGAGCUGCCGUGGGUCUACUUCGCGCUCUUUGACGGCCAUGCAGGCUCCGGGGUGGCCGUGGCCGCGUCAAACGUGCUCCAGCGGGUGCUGCAGGACAAGUUGAUGAGCGUGAUGGAGUUGCUGGUGCCGGAUGGCGGGGCCUCUGCGCCCGAAGGCGGCUUCCUACCCUUUGGCGACCGCAAGAUCACUGCCGACAGUCUCGUCAUCGGAGCCCUGGAGACUGCCUUCUGGGACAUGGACCAGCAGAUCGCGCGCGACAAGAAGCAUUACAAGAUGACUGGCGGCUGCACCGUGCUCGUGGCACUUUUCAUCCUCGGGAAGCUGUACCUUGCCAACGCCGGUGACAGUAGGGCCAUCAUCUGUCGUGGGGAACAGGUGAUCCCCAUGUCUUGCGACUUCACACCCGAGACAGAGAGGUCGCGGAUCAAGCAUUUGGGCAUGCAGUGCCCCGAGCUGCUAGGCAGCGAGUUCACCCACCUGGAGUUUGUGCGACGCCCGGUGCGAGCUGACCUAGGCAAACGCCUGCUGUGCCGGGACGCCUUCAUGACCGGCUGGGCAUACAGGACGGUGACGCUCGACGACCUCCGAUUUCCACUUAUUUACGGAGAGGGCAAGAGGAGCCGAGUCCUGGCUACCAUCGGAGUCACCCGAGGCUUUGGAGACCAUGACCUCAAGGCACAAAGCAGCAAUGUGGACAUCAAACCAUUCCUUACUCCGGAGCCCGAGGUUCGCAUCUUUGACGUCUGUGCGGAGGAGCUUACGGAUGGCGACGUACUCGUCAUGGGUACAGAUGGCCUGUGGGAUGUGCUGCCCAAUGACAGGGCAGCUCAAAUUGUGCUCAAAUCGCUUGACCACUUCCCUGCUAGCGACACUCAGCGUUUCAAGUUCAGGUACAUCUCCGCCGCCCAGGACCUUGUGAUGCACUCCCGGGGCAAGCUCAAGGAACGGAGUUGGCGGACAGUGGACAACCGAGCGGCCACCAUCGACGACAUCAGCGUGUUCGUGAUUCCGCUGCUGGGCUACCAGGAGGAGCACCGGGUCUGGAUGGCUUCCACGCGCCAACAGCCCGAGCCCCAGGCGCAGUCACAACCACAGGCGCAGCCGCAGCCUCAACCGCAGCCACAGCCGCAACCACCAGCCAGGACGUCGUCUUCGCCGCAGUUGUCACCGCCGCCGCAACCGCAACCUCAACCCCCAGCUGACGCCUCCUAGGUUUUAUUCCUUCUUGUGAUCACUUGUGUAUGUAUCAUAUCUUCUGCUCCUCCCUCUCAACUUCGUGCUUGCUAGACAUUCCCCCCAACUGGCGCCAUCUGCAUGCGCCUCUGGAAGAAGAAAUGGGGACCCUCCGUGGGGUCUCAAGGCACUUGCACUUUCCUCCGGCCCGCCAACGGAUCCGGACCACGCCGCCGCCGCGGCUGUAGCUGCUGAUGCUGUGCCACAGACG